CCUCAAUUCGACUCGGCCAACCCCAAUUGUUCACAUCCGUUUCCUAGUAAGCACGUCGUCUGUCUUUAGCCCCGAGAUCAAUUAGGUCUGCUCCGCGUCCGCCGGCGUCAUGCCGAGUCCGUCCGCUCACCAUCCCCGAAAAGCUCCCCGAAAAGGCCCCCGAUCAACAUCCGACCGGAUGGGGUCGCUGUCUUGGCAAUCCCCGCAUCCCGUCGCGACCUUCCUAGUCCCGCAUGGGCAGCCGGCCAAGGCCGAGUCAAUUUUGCAUCCGGCUUAUCGCUCUGGUGCGGUGAUCGGAGCCAUUUCUGUGUGUCGGGAGGGCGCGGAUUUUUUGGUUUAAAUAUGUUUGCCGUCUCGACGCGGCUCUUUGCCGUGCUCUCCCAAUGGCUUGCGUCCACGGUUAUCCCCUUUUCCAGAGACUUCAGCUAAGAUGCACCGUCAUAACGCGCUUGCUUUUGCCAUUCUCCAGGGCGUGAGCCUUGCUUCAGCACUCAAGUACGCAGACAACCGCGUCCCCGUUGUCCAGGAUAGUCAGAGUGUGGAGCGACUCUUCCCGGUCGUUGCUGAUGUCAAGCUUCGAUCUCCCGCCUUUGCAACUCCUGAGACGGUCCCAAAGUCUUUCACCGACGGCACCAAUGGCCCGACAGACCAGCUUACGCUGGAGCACUUCCUCCAAACCCUUGCGGCGCGCAACGAGUGGAUGACAUAUCACAACCCAACCUUCCGCUCCGAGGAGGGUCGGUCUCUGCCCUAUGUGUUUCUCUCGACGUCUAACCUGGCAACCAACGUUGGCGCUGGGCUGGAGACCCAUCUCAACUCUACUGGGAAGGUUCGGAUCUGGAUGCAGGGUGGCGUGCACGGCAACGAGCCCGCCGGAGACCAGGCCCUCCUGGCGCUUUUGGGGAAGUUCGAUGCCAACGCAGCCUGGGCCGCCUCCGUUCUCGAAAAGGUCGACAUUCUGAUGCUACCUCGCUAUAACCCGGACGGCGUUGCCUAUUUCCAGCGCUAUCUGGCGACAUCAUUUGACCCCAACCGCGACCACACAAAGCUCGCUCGCCAGCAGACCCGUGACAUCAAGCGCCUUGUCAUGAACUUUGCCCCGCACGUCGGCGUCGACUGCCACGAGUACAGCGCCACGCGAGGCUACGGAUCCACCGCCGACCGCUGGCACCCGGCCCAGGACGGAAUGUUCUCGGCCAUGAAGAAUCUGAACAUACACCGCGACAUCCGCCGCCUGUCCGAGACCCUUUUCGCCGACUCGAUCGCCGCGGCGCUCGAGGCCCGUGACCUGCGCUGGAGCCCCUACGUUGUCGGUUCCGAAGGGCCCGACGGCGGCCUGCUGCUCGAGGAGACAACGGGCGACGCCAAGAUGGGCGACACCUCGGUCGCUCUCUCUCAGGCAGUCAUGUUCCUGACCGAGACUAGGGGGAUCGGGCUCGCGGACCAGCACUUUCAGCGCCGCGUCGCCUCGGGCCUGACCAUGGUCGAGGCCCUCGUGCAGACCGCUGCCGAUGGUGCUGCUCUUGUUUAUUCUACUGUGGAAAAUGCGCGGGCCGAUUUCAUUUCCAACAAUGACGACAUCGUCGUGACCGAUUACCCGCGACCAACCAACAUCUCGUGGACCCUCGUAGAUGUCCGCAACGGCACGCUGAUCGACGUGCCCGUCAACUUUCUCAACACUACCCCGGCCGUUGCGAACCUGACGCGCGCCCGACCUGAGGCGUAUGUGUUUUCGCGUGCCUGGCACGACGCCGCCGACCGACUCCGCGCCGCGGGCCUUGUUGUCGACGAGCUCCGGGCCGACUUCAAGGGCCAGGUCGAGGCCUUCAACAUCACCGGGGCCGUGCUGGCAUCGUCCAAGUAUGAGGGCAUUGCCAGGACUACUGUCACGACCGCAAUCGUUCGGAAGAAUAUCACCAUCCCCGCAGGGGGCUACUUGGUCAGCACUCGACAAAAGAAUGCUGCCCACGCAUUCAACGUGCUCGAGCCAGAAAACAUAGACUCGUAUGCGACAUUUAACAUGCUCCCCGUGAACACGGGGGACGAAUACCAGGUUUACAGGAUCAUGAAAUAAGAUAGCCGGAUCUGUCUGGCGAUUAAUAAAUGACAUGAUCAGCAGAGAAAUUACCCUUUAGACCAGUGUGGCAAAUGUGGCCGUCGGUUCAAAGACCACACGUUUUCGUUGUCCCCUGCUGCUACAUUUGAGGCCCAAGUCAGAUAUGAUCAGCCCCCGAUUUCCAGUCUCGGCGAAGUCCUCCUGACAGAUCUCCAAAGUGGCACCAAGGGA